AUGGAACUCGCGAUCACCAAGCUGCUGGAACUGGGCGCAGUCAGACCCUGUCUGCCAUGUCCGGGACAAUUCAUUUCGUCGUAUUUUUUAGUACCAAAGUCAAACGGGAAAAUGAGAUUUGUAUUGAACUUGAAAAAACUGAAUAGUUUUAUAGUCACGCAACAUUUUAAGUUGGAGGACAUCAGAACGGCGAUAAAACUAAUCUCACGGGGCGAUUAUAUGUGUAACAUAGACUUACAAGACGCGUAUUUUAUGGUAUCGAUGCACGCGGAAAGCCGAAAAUAUUUAAGGUUUGUUUUCGGGGAUAUAAUUUACGAAUUUGUAUGCCUCCCGUUUGGUCUCUGCACGGCGCCGUAUAUUUUUACGAAAAUCCUGAAACCGGUAGUAAAUUAUUUGAGAGGAAAGGGAUUCAUCUCGACGGUCUAUUUAGACGACAUCCUUUGCAUCGGUUCGGACUCGAACGCGUGUCGCAGAAACGCAGAAUGCACUCUCAGAGAACUUCAGGCUCUGGGGUUUAUAGUAAAUUAUCAAAAAAGUAGCUUGGUCCCCAAGAAGAAUUGUACUUUUCUGGGAUUUGUUAUUAACUCUCAUAGAAUGAGAUUAGAGUUACCGGAAGUAAAAAGAAGAAAAAUGAUAGAUUUGAUCGACGACUUUAGUCAUCGCAAGUUUUGUACGAUCCGAGAAUUCGCUCAUUUUAUCGGGAAGUUAGUCGACUGUUGUCGCGCAAUUGAGUACGGUUGGCUAUACACCAAGAGGUUUGAACGAGAAAAGUUUUUCGGCCUGUUAAUUAGCGGGGGGAAUUACGAUGCACGGCUUGAAUUAUCCGCAUAUUUGCAAAUCGAAUUUGAUUGGUGGAAACGAAAUAUUAAAACGUCAUUUGGGCCGAUAAGAAGUUUCCGGUUUGUUAAGGAGAUUUACUCGGACGCGUCCAAAACGGGCUGGGGCGCGUAUUGUGAUAACGAGGGUACACACGGUUUUUGGAGCGACACGGAAAGGGAGUUGCACAUUAACCAGCUCGAACUUAUCGCUGUCUUGAUGGCGCUUAAAUGUUUUGCAAGCGAUUUAUAUGAUUGUGAAAUUUUAUUACGUAUCGAUAACACGACAGCUAUUGCCUAUGUUAAUCGGAUGGGAGGUGUUCAAUAUGCCGCGCUUCACGGGAUAGCCCAAGAGAUUUGGCAGUGGUGCGAGUGUAGAAAGAUUUGGAUUUUCGCGUCGUAUAUAGCGUCCAAAGAGAACGUUGAGGCGGAUAGGGAGUCGAGGAUAAAAAAUAUAGAUACGGAAUGGGAACUGUCGAGUUGGGCAUACGAGAAAAUAAUAUUCGAAUUCGGUGAACCAAAUUUGGAUUUGUCCGCAUCCAGGAUAAACGCAAAAUGUCAAGCUUACUGUUCGUGGCACAGAGAUCCUGAUGCCCUAGCUAUUGACGCGUUCACGAUAAACUGGAAAUCCGAUUAUUUUUUUUGCAAUCCCACCGUUUGCAUUAGUGCUCAGGUUUCUUCGAAAGGUUAUAGCAGAUCGCGCCUGUGGUAUUGCGAUAGUGCCAAAUUGGCCCUCGCAACCAUGGUCUCUCCAACACCCAUUACAGAGGUCACUGGUGUUGAUUGCCGGGAAGUUGUCCGCGAAUCUUACCGCCGCAAGAAAUUCUCGGACUCAGUGAUCGAGACGUUGUUGGCCUCACUCGCCGAGAGUACGUGGAAGCAGUACGCGGGAUCUAUUAGACUAUGGGUGAAUUUCUGUCACGAGACGGAAACGGACAUUUACGAAGCGAGCGCGAACGGCGUCCUCGAAUUUUUACAGAAAAGAUUUAGUCUAGGAGCCUCCUAUGGUACAUUAAACUCGACGCGAUCAGCAAUUUCAUUAAUAUCAGCGAACGACGUGACUAACGAUCGGGUUAUCAGUAGAUUUUUCAAGGGUAUUUUUCGGCUUAGACCAAUGAAACCUCGAUACGACGAAACAUGGGAUGUCGGUAUAGUACUUGCGUUCAUUGCGAACUUAUACCCACUAGAAUCGUUGAGCAUUCAACAGUUGUCGGAGAGAUUAGUUACGCUGUUAGCCUUGGGUACGGCUCAUCGAAUGCAGACCUUCUCGCUUAUGAGACUCGAUAAUAUUUUCCAUUCGGCACAGGGCUUCGAGAUAAAGAUCUCGGACAUUGUAAAAACGUCGCGCCCCGGGGCUUUUCAGCUGCUUUUGUUGCUGCCGUACUUUCGUGAACAGCCCAGGCUGUGCAUAGCGAGCACGUUGAAAAGGUAUUUGGAAAUAACGAAACCGCUUAAAGGCGAUUGUAAUAAUGUGUUAAUCACAUCAAGAAGGCCCUUUAGAUCGGCAAGUACACAAACAAUAAGUCGAUGGAUCCGAUCAGUGUUGGCGAAGAGUGGCAUAGGUCCCGAGUUUACGGCAUACAGUACAAGGCACGCGUCUACGUCGGCGGCCUUAGCAAAGGGUUUAGAUAUCAGUGCGAUAAGGAAUACCGCGGGUUGGUCUGAGGAUUCACAGGUAUUCGCAAAAUAUUAUAAUCGGCCGAUUAAGUCGGGCAGAAAAGAUAUAAAACGGAAAAAACCGUAUUUCCUUGUUUCUCGAGAGACCGUUGGUCUCGAUACGGUUGUAUUUUGUGUUGCCUAA